AUGACAAGAUUUUAUCCAUCAACAAACAAUCAUUCAAUUACAAAUAAAAAAAAUUUAACUGAUCAUAACAAUGAAAAUAAUAUAUGUGAAGAAGCUUUUGUAGUUCGAGUAACUCAACAGUGGAAAUUAAAAACAUCAGAUCAACAACAAUCAACAAACAAUGAAUAUUCUCAACCGUUUAUUGAUCCACAUUCAUUUACACAAUCAAAAAAUAUUAAUACUAUUUCCAAUCUGUCAAAUGAAAAUCUAUCAAGUUACACUGAUAAGAAUAGUAAUAAAGAUGGAUUAUCAACAAUUAUUGACGAAUCAGAAAAAUCGACAAUAAAAAUAAAAAAAAGAAAUACACCAAUACAUAAUUCUCAUCGACGUCGAAGACCGAAUUUAAAUAACACUUCAAGAUUAAAUGAAUCAUCAAAUUCUCAAUUAUAUACAAACUCUAAUAAAACAAAAUUUAUUGAAACGAAAAAACCAAUAAAAAAAAACGAAAAAUCAUUACCUAUUUUUAUUCCACCAAAAACAUCAUCAACGCAAUCACAUAUAUUUUCUUCUACAUUUCUAUUUGAUAAUUCACUUCAAACUAAAAAAAAAUCUGUUAACAAACAACAAAAUACAUUUACUAAUAAUAAUUCUUCAUCACCUACAAGUUGGACAUCAACUUCAUCAACAUCACCAGUAUAUUAUCAUAUGCAAUCAUUAAGUAAUUUAAGUGAUGAAGAUUCAGCUGAUGACAAUUUAUUUAUACAAAAAACAAAACCUAAAUUGAAAGAUCAACAAACUCAUUCAUCAUUUCCAACUGGUUUUAAUAGUCCAUUAGCUAUAUUCAUUACUGAUCCAUAUGGACAUUCACAUAGAUUCAAUCCAGAGACUGAUAUACUAGAAAAACGUAAUAGUCGUGAAGAAAUUUUUGAUGAGGAUUUAAUUCCAACUGAUACAAAUACAUUGUGUGCAAAUAGUGUAUUUGAUAUUUCUUCAUCAUCUGAAAUUAUAACAAUUCCAUCAGUACCAUUAAUAACUCUUGAUAGACAUAGUUUACAUAGUAUUAGCGAAGAAGAAGAUGAAGAUGAAGAUGAAGAAGAAAGUGAUCAUGAUAGUAGUAAUAUUUUUUCAAAAGAACUUGAUCGUAUUGAAGCAUUAGAUCGAUCAUAUCAAAUAAAUUUCAAUCCAACAAAUAAAGAUCAUAAUGAAAUUCAACAUAGAACUGACAAAGAAUUAUUAGGUCGACGAUGGAGUGAUGGCAAUUCUAAUGAAGAAAAAGAACGAAUUCCAUCAACAGAAUCAUCAAUGAAGAAAACAUCAAGUGCAAUAUCUAUUACAAAAUCGAGUGAAAAUCUACCAGUUAAAUUAUCGUUGACAAAAUAUAUUCUUACGAAAUUACAUUUAAUAUCAUCAAGUAAAGAUAAUGAUUCGAAUAUAUCAUCAUCAAUAAUAAAUCCACAAAAAAAACGUACUGUACGUCGUUCAACGGACAAAAAACAUUCUCGCACAACCCUAUCAACAAUAAAUGAUUCAAAAUCAAAACCAAAUACUAAUAUUUAUGAAUCUUCAAACAGUCUCAUAUCAAAUAGAUCAGUUCAAGAACAAAACUUAACCACUGAUACGAUUCAAUCACCAAAUAAUUCUUAUCGUUUUAAUAAUAAUAAUAACAAUAAACAAACAUUAGGAGAUAAAUUUGGUAGUGUUGGAACUCUUGAUAAAAUUGAUAGUGAUGAUGAUGACGAUGAUGAUAUUGAUGGAAAAUUUGAAAAAGCCAAAUUAGGUUUAGCAAAUCGUGCAUCUUCCUGUAUGGAUAUGCGUGGUUCACAAUCAAGUAUAAAUUCUGUAGUAAGUGAAAAAAAAGCUCAUUAUGGUCUUGAUAUAUCUGGUACAAUUGAAUUAAAAUUAACAUAUUCAACAACAACAGGUGCAUUAGAUAUUUUAAUACAUAAUUGUAAAAACUUAACUCCAGCACAAAAAAAUAAAAAAUCUGAUCCUUAUGUUAAAGUUUAUUUAUUACCUGAUCGUUCAAAAAAUAGCAAACGUAAAACAUCAACUAAAAAGAAUACUACUGAUCCAGUUUUUGACGAAAAACUUCGUUAUCAUGUAACUAAACAAGAAUUUGAAACUCGCGUUUUAUGGAUAUCAGUAUGGAGUCAAGGUGCAUUAGGACAAAAUAAUUUUCUUGGUGAAAUACAUAUUCCAUUAUCUAAUUGUACAUUAGAUAAAACACAAGAACAUCAAUUAGUUGCUCAAAAGCAAAAAAAUGAUUUAGCACCAGUUAUUGAACCAACUGUAGAAUCAGCUGAAAUACAGUUUCAAUUAACAUUUAUUGAAAAUCCAAAUCAUAAAGAAGUUGGAACAUUACAAGUACAUUAUAUCGAAGGAAAAGCUAUUUUUUCUGGUAAACGUCAGGUUGAUGCAAUUUGUAAAGGUAUAUUAAUGCCUGAUCAUGUUAAACGAAAACUACCAGCAAUACGUAAAGGUCCAACACCCAAAUGGGAAAUACCAAUACGAUGGGAUGGUGUACGUCGUAAUAAUUUAGAAAAUUCAUCUGUUGAAAUCAGUAUUUGGUCUCAAGAACGUUUUCGAAAAACAAUGGUUGGUUUUGUACGUCUUAAUCUUGCAAGAGGACAUUUUGAUAAUAAACCAGUUAAAUGGUCAGAUGCAACAAAAGCAGAAAAAUCAGCUUGGGAAACAUUUCUUCGUCGACCAACGGAAACACAUCAUUUUAGACUUCCGUUACGACCAGCCACUGUUGAAGAUAAAUAA